AUGCUUUUCAAGGUUCUCUCCCUCCUUCUGGUCUCUCUCAGCUUUGUGCUGAUGGAGGAAAAUGGCACCAGAGCAAAUGCAAAGAAUCCUAAGAUCCUCCUGAGGAGGUAUUCGGAAGGAACCUUAGCGAGCGAUUACAGCCAAACAUUGGACAAUAUGCUGAAGAAGAACUUUGUGGAGUGGCUCUUGACCAGGAGAGAGAACGCGAUUGAGAACAGCAUUGAGCCAUCCAAAAGGGAAGCCCAAUCUCCUGCAUUAGGUGUACGCAGUCAAGGCACAGGAAAUGGAUCCCUGAAGACAAAAGAUGUCUUUAUUCAGCUUCUGAAAAACAUGAGAAAACAAAGUCAUGCUCUGCCCAAUAAAGACUGGAAGGAGGUCCUGGAAGGAGAAUGUCUGGCAUGGCUGAUUUCUGCUGACCUCUGCAGGCCAAUGUGA